UUUUUGGUGACCAAUGAAAUUGCCCAAUUUGUAUUCUCCGUCGAGCAUUUAUAGUAUUAUUAAAUUACAUAUAUCCAUAGGUGUGGUGCUACUUGCUCCUCGUGGCUAUAUAGAAGUCCAAAUAUAUAGGGCGGGCCUGUAAGCCUGAAAGUCGUGCUUUCAUACAGUGGUCGGUAACUAAGCAAAAGUGAAACAGAAACAGAGAGGAAGAAGCAUUUCGCAGUGCACACAAAGAGGAAGGAGAAAAACUGAGUGACAAAAUGGGGAUAGCAGCUGAAGCUCAUAACGUGAAGAUUUUGGGAUCAGGCACUGAAUAUAUAGUUCUGGCUCAUGGAUUUGGCACGGACCAGUCUGUGUGGAAACACUUUGUACCUUAUCUCGUCGACAAUUUCCGUGUCAUUCUCUACGACAACAUGGGCGCGGGUACCACUAACCCUGACUACUUCGACUUUGAGCGCCACUCGAUCUUAGAAGGUUAUGCCUCUGAUUUGCUUGCCAUUUUAGAAGAGCUCCAAGUUGAGUCUUGCAUUUUUGUUGGCCACUCUGUUUCCGCAAUGAUUGGCGCUAUUGCUUCUAUUUCUCGCCCCGAUCUCUUUACCAAACUCAUCAUGGUUGGCGCUUCCCCCAGGUAUUUGAACGACGUGGAAUACUAUGGAGGAUUUGAGCAGGAAGAUCUAGACCAAUUAUUCGACGCAAUGGCGGCGAAUUACAAAGCAUGGUGCUAUGGGUUUGCUCCUUUGGCUGUGGGUGGGGACAUGGAGUCUGUUGCAGUGCAGGAGUUUAGUCGAACGUUGUUCAACAUGCGGCCAGACAUAGCGCUGAUUGUGUCACGGACCAUUUUUCAAAGCGACAUGAGGCAGAUUCUGAGCCUUGUUUCUGUCCCCUGCCACAUCAUACAAGCUGAGAAAGACAUGGCUGUUCCGAUGAUGAUCUCGGAGUACCUCCACCAACACAUUGGUGCCGAGUCCAUCGUGGAGGUCAUGGCAACUGAUGGUCAUUUGCCGCAGUUAAGCUCGCCGGAUACCGUUAUUCCGGUGCUGCUCAAACACAUUCAACUUGAUAUUGAGGCAAGAAGGUAGUAGAUAUAGACGUGACGUGACUCCGUUAGAAAAAGAGAAUCUAUCCCUGUGUGUGUUUGUGGGGUGUUUUUUUUUUUUUUUUUUGUAUUCGUAGUGUGAAAUAACAACUGAAAUGGGGGGAAUAAGUUCCCUUCAACUGUUUCUCUAUCUGUGUUUGUUGUAUUCGAACUUGUGGUAAAACCGUAGAGGUACCAAGACUCUUGUAGUGAGAAUCAAAUGUCAAUGUCCCUCAUUGUGUUGCGAACAUUUCUCACUGGAAAAUUGGGGAGUGGUCCAACAACUAGAAAAAACACAACUUGUGUAGGACUAGUAUUAUCAAUUAUUAAUGACGUUUAAAUUUAUGUAGCUGUGAUAAUCAAGCUAAGGAAGCUUUGAGAAUUGAUCUUGGACUUUGUCACUUGA